AUGUCAUUGGCGAGUCCUCCGGUUGCGCCGUCUGGCUCAGUUCAUGCCCGGAUAGUUACACUGAACGUCCGGUAUGCGACCAAGUCUCCUGUUCCGGGCGAGGAGCCGUGGUCAGUUCGGGCCCCCAAGCUCUGCGCCCAAUUCGCAUUCAUUGCGUCGGGCCAUACCUCCGUGUUUCUCUGCCUCCAGGAAGUCCUGUAUUCGCAGCUCAUUGAUAUACAAUCCUACCUGGGUCCGUCCUGGAGCCACAUAGGACAGGGUCGGGACGAUGGAAGACUGGCUGGAGAGUUUUCCCCAAUAUUCUUUCGAGCCGACACUUGGGAUUGCGUGCGUAACCAGACGUUCUGGCUGUCUCCGACCACGGACGUUCCAUCUCGAGGGUGGGAUGCUGCCUUGAACAGGAUUGUUACCACAGGGUCGUUCCGCAACAAGGAAACCGGGACAGCUGUCGCGAUUAUGAGCACACACUUGGACCAUCAAGGACAGAUUGCGAGGGAGGAAAGCGCCCGUCUUCUGCUCACACUAGCCCGAGACUGGACUGAUAACAGAGGCGACGGCCGUUCCCGGGCGCCGCUGUUCCUUGGCGGCGACUUUAAUAGCACUCCGAGCGGCAAGGCCUACACGGCCCUGACCUUGCCGGGCUCGGGAAUGAGUGAUAUAUCGGAACUUGUGCCUCAGAGCUUAAAAUAUGGAAACCCAGAUAUCACCUACACAUCCUUUGGCGAAUCUUGGGAGAGACCGAGGAAGAUCGACUUCCUCUUCGUACAAGAACGACUGAACCUCAAGUUUGUGGCAUUUGGGAUCCUGUCUAACAAGUUCGAUGAUGGCGUUUACUUGUCAGACCAUAGGCCAGUGGUUGCAGACUUGGAGAUUCCCAUCAAAGACGACGACACCUUGCACUGA